CAAUAAUGCGCUAAAAUGACUUUAGUUUUUUUUCACUAUUUUUUACUAGCUGCUGCUCUCACUCGACAAAAAGAAAUGAAAUAAAUUGUGCUAAUUACUAUGCUACCAAAGUGAAGAAAAAUACAACUAAAAGAUUAGAAAGUAAAAAAAAUGGCAAAAAUAUAAACAUUUGUUUAUUUGUUUAAAAAAAGUGGGCACAAAAUGUCUAUCGGUACAACCAAACGCUGUUUACAAUGGAAAGAAUCGGCUCCACGUAAUUUCGUACAGAAAAACCUAUGUGGUGUUCAUACCUAAAAUUGAAUCAUAAAAAGAAAAUGGUGUGUAAAUCUCAAAAAGAAAAGAUAUAGAAGAAAAGUGUAUGUGUGAAUAACUAUGUGUGUGUGUGAAUGUUAAGUCGAAAAAAGAUAAUAACAAUAGAAAAUUAUACACACAAGAAACGAAGUUGAAAACUUUUAUAAACUUUGUGAUCUAUUAAUAUAAAUGAUAUGGAUAAAAUGGAUUCUGACACAUCGGAUGUACGACAGGCGCGACAACGAGCCUCCGUCAAAUGGAUUUUAUCUAAAGCAUUCAAUAAUCGCGUGCCAGAGAAUCAACGCGAACCAUUCUACCGAGAUCAUGAAGGACAAGAUCAUCUGAAGCCACAAAUUGUAGUUAAUUUGGGAAAUGCUUCGAUUUACUGCCAAACAUUGUCGAAUUUGUAUUCGGAUCCUAACUACCAAAGUUUAAAUCACUGGUCAAUACUGCAAACAUUGACUCGCAAAGGAAUUUUAAUAGCUGAAAAUCCAGAUAUGCCGUUAACCGAGACUGUUCUAAUACAAACAAAUCCAAUACGAAUUAAUGCCCACAUGUCUGUGAUAGAAGCACUUAUGAUAUUGUAUGCUAAAGAAGUGGCUAGUUGUGAACGUAUUUCAGCGGCUAUAAACAGAAUAACCGGAGGAUCGUUGCCGAAGGAGGGACAGAAUCAUGAAACGGCGCUACUUUGUUGGCUUUCACAUGUGUGUGCGGCUCUAAAACGACGUAUCGAUAAAGAAAUUGAAAAUGGCGCAACUGAUGAAAACGGGGUACGCCUACAAUCUCCAGACAUACCACCUGUACACGAUUACAUCGAUCUAUGUGAUGGCGUUUGUUUAGCUUAUUUAAUUUCAUAUUAUUGCCCAAAUAUUGUACCAUGGACAAGUGUGCGAUUGAAUUAUAUGCCAACGGUUGAGGAUUCCAUUUCCAAUAUUCUGCUAGUUAGUAAUUUUUCACAGAAACAUUUGCCAUAUUCCGUAUUUCAUAUGACACCGCAGGACGUUACGUAUAUGCGAGGAUCUAUGAAGCAAAAUCUAGUUGUUCUUUUAGCCGACCUAUUCAAUUUAUUCGAAAUUCACCCAGCCAAAUGUGUCGCAUAUCCUGGCAUGGAUCAACAAAUUUCAAAAUCGGACAGCAAUGACACGGUAAAUGAACAUGGAAUUCAGCAACGUCGGGGCCUAACAUUGGGUCAUUAUUCAGUGACACCAAUACCAGAUCUUAGGCCAGGUUUGGAUUCGCCAACUAGCUCAGCCGCAAGCAAUAAACCGCCAUUUCAAGUGGACCGUUCAGUAUCAGCAACAGCUGUGAGGCGGGUAACGCCACCACGUGAAGAUCAGAAUACAGGUGUUGAUGGAGGCUUUGUAGUACAUCGCGGACGCACAAUUCCAACACUGGCCUCAAUGCAAGAACCACUUCCAGCUGCUCGUUCGAGACAAUCUAAAGAGCGUGCAGACUCGAGGACAGAAGAACGAGGCGAUAGUAUUGCCGCUGGUCGUCCUAGUAACUGGGAAGAAACUAGAAGACCAAGUUUUGCAGGUCGCCGUUCUCGUCGAAAUUCGGUUAGUGAUGAUUCACAGUUGACCAUAGAGAAUUUUGGUGGAUCACAAGAUCAACUGAAUAUGAUAGGUCGGUCGUUCGAGCGUGAAAAGUCCAUGACAAAUGUUGUAAUUGAACCAGCAGUACCUGUUCGUUCCUCAAUGGCGGAUGCUCGGGGCUCUAUACUAUUCGAUUACGAUGAUACAUUAAAUUCUGAAAAGCAGGACCAUGAAACUGAGAAACAACCACCGAUUCCAAUGCGACGUAAAAGCCAAACCACUGACCCACAUUCCAAAGACAUAAUUGAUGGCGAUAUUACAAUGUCACAGCAAUCAGGAAAUAUCAAUAUGGAUUUGGAUGAUGGAGCGCAGCCAGUUCGAAAAACUUCUUUUGCGACACUACCAAACACGACCACUUGGCAACAGCAAUCAGUGAAUUAUCAGAAAAUCGAUCAUUCAGCCGAGGAUGAUGGUGCGAGUGCUGGUGUAGAUGUUUUCAAAUUAUCAACAGUGCGCAUGCAACUUGAAGAAAAGCGUCGUCAAAUUGAGCAAGAAAAACGUAAAAUGGAGGCAACCAUGAAUCAACAACAGCAAAAGGUUGGAAAGGCAGCAUUUCUCCAAGCAAUAAACAAGGACAAAAAUAAUUUACUCAAAAAUUAUAAGGAUAAUAGUUUAGUGGAUAGUAUCAAGGAUGGUGAUAGUCAAGCAGAAAAUCUAUAUAGUUCACAGGAUUCGACUGACCUUAAUACGAUAGAAUCGAAGUGGGCACACGUUGAAUCAAAACAAACCCCAGAUCUGGACCAAAUGAGUAUUGACCAAUAUCAAAAGAGUAUUGAUCAAAAGAAUACGAGCCUCCAGGAUUUGAAUGAAGAUAUAAAUCGCUUGGCGAAUUUGCAGGUUCAUAUGCAGGCGAAACAUGCCAAGGCGCAACAAAUCAUGCAAGCGCAACAAAUCGCGAACAUGCUGUUUGGAUCCCAGCAGCAUAUAUCUGGUGCAACAUCAAAUCAUCGAAGUCCAAUAUCACAAUCAAAUUUCGGAUCAUCGCCACAUAUAUCGCAUCCGCAUUCGCCGCAGCAGCCAAUUCACUACAACAAUGUACGUCCAAUUAGUCGAGAUUCACAUCAGUUCAUCAAUGAGCAAGGUCAAUAUGUGACUCCAGUGUCAAACAAUCAUCAGUCAUAUUCCUCAUAUGUAGACAAUGAAAAUGGAAGCGGUGGCUUGUACCAAUAUGAAUCCCAUCAGCAACAGUCCAUUAACCCUUAUCAUACGUAUCGAGUUGAUCAAUACCAUAAUAAUCAUUCGGUGCAAACACAACCACGUAUUCAACAGCCGCAAUCGAACCAAUUUUACUUACAUGAAAAUACUCCACCACAGCCGGCAGCGAGAAGAACGUGGGCUCAGCCAGCGGCAGCCUUGAAUACAGAAAUACCUCAAAAUCAGCAACCGCCACCGCUGCCGCAAAUACAGCCAUUAGACGUAAAUGCUUGGUCACAGAAUUCGCCAAAAAUAGACACACAUACGUGGAAGUCAUCGAGUCAUUCUAUUGUCAAGAAUCCUGGUUUUAUGCUACAUCAAAAUAAGAUUGGAAUGCCUCAACAUCAAUUCGAUCAAUUCUAUUCGUCCCCAGUCAGUUCAACUGGAUCAGAUUCAAAGGGGGUACAUCAUAACACCAAUGGCAAAAAUGAGUAUCGAGAUGAUCGUGUAUCGAUUUCUUCACAAUCCGUUGAUGAUAUGGCACCGCAAAGCAUUUCAUUCAUCGGGGAUGAAGACUCGGUCGACUUGAUUACGGAACAUCCACCACCACCAAGGACGAAACACUUAUUAGGUCGACCAAACGUUAUUCAGCACGAACAGGAUUUAGAUUUAGGGAAAUUAAAUAUAUCUAGUGGUAAAUUGACGUAUCGCAUACCAUCACCAACCCGACCAUCAUUAAAUAUGAACAGUUUCCAAAAGCCUAACGAGGAUAUUAACAACGAACAAAAGGGUUUUUAUAUAUCAUUUGAUAACUCACAACCGAAGCGGCCAAAACCACCGCUGCGCACAAAACGUUCACCUAAGAAAGAUCGUAGCUUAGACGCAACAGACAAGCAAGAACAGAUCACUCAAUUGGAACAAGAAUUGAAUAAAGAACGCCCACAAGUGAACAAAAGACAGAACAGUUUUUCGAGCUUUGAAAAUAAAGUUCGUGGUUCAUAUCACGAUCAAGCAUUCGAGAGAAACGAGUCAAACGGUAUUGCUGUCGAUUCAGAACCGACUAUCACUCGAAAGCACGUAAGUGACAGUCAAAUGUCGUCUAUUUUGGAUCGUCGACAUUUAGAAGAUGUAACAAAUCAUCAGCAAGAACCUCAGCAACAAACAACAUCCCCUCAGAAUCGGUCACAUGAUGCGAAUAAAACACUUAUUAUAGAUGAUGCUCUCGUCAAACUGGAUCCCGAAUCGGUCGAUGAAAUGGAACGAAAAAAAGAAAAGAUCAUGCUCUUAUCACUGCAAAGGCGCCAACAGCAAGAAGAAGCGAAGGCGCGCAAGGAAAUUGAAGCGAUGCAACGACGUGAACGAGAGCGUGAAAAGGAAGACGAACGUAUACGGAAACGUGAAGAACAAGCUGCACGUCGGGCUACUAUUCUUGAGCAACAUAAACUAAAAAAAGCAAUUGAAGAAGCCGAACAAAAGGGGAUCACUCUCGAUCGUAAUGAAUUGCAAUCGUUAAAACAACAUGCAAUGCUCAGUCAAACAUCAAGUGGUGCAGCAGCAAAAAUGCGACCACAAAAAGUCAUUCGUCCACGUCCUAAGACCAUUCAUGUCGAAACGGGAUCAGUUGAUUUAAGUGAAGCAUCUAGUUUAUCCAGUCGCAACAAAAAAGGGUCGAAUUCGAAUUUAACAGGUAUUGGUCAAUUAAGUUCUAAUUCUAUGCGGAGAGAUUACUAUCGUGGAUCACAAGACUCCUUGGCCGUACGAGAAUCGCCAGAUGAAUAUCAUAGCACUAGUUCAACACCCAUUGGUCGUCGUGGGUCUUAUAAAACAUCAAGAGAACCAGCCGAACGUGGCCGAACCAUGUCGAGAAUAUCAGUCGCUAAGGGAAGCAACUUAAAUUUCAGGGGUCGAAAAUCCAAUUCGCUUAUGAAUUUAUGCGAUACAGAUUCUGGUUUGGGCCGUGCAACUCCGCCUAGACGUGCACCAUCACCAGGCAUGGGACAAUCCAAUCGUCAUUUACCAUCACCAUCUGGCCCUGGCUCACUGCCGCCUGGUUUUAUGAAUAAACGUCGUGUAUUUGAUGACGGUUCUAGUGAUAUUUCAUCGACUCCUAGUUCAAUGCUGGAAUAUUCUGGUCCCAAAUUAUAUAAACAGCCCACAACAAAGUCAAAUCGCGGCAUAAUAUUAAAUGCUGUUGAAUAUUGUGUUUUCCCUGGAGUUGUCAACCGUGAGGCUAAGCAAAAAGUCCUCGAUAAAAUCAAUCGGAGUGAUGCAAAACAUUUCCUUAUAUUAUUCCGUGAUGCCGGUUGCCAAUUUCGUGCUCUGUACAGCUACUGGCCUGAAAAUGAAUCUGUAUUGAAGCUUUACGGUACUGGUCCAAGUCAAGUAGAUGAGUUCAUGUUCGAUAAAUUUUUCAAAUACAAUUCCGGUGGAAAAUGUUUUUCACAAAUUCAUACGAAACAUUUGACGGUAACAAUCGAUGCCUUCACAAUUCAUAAUUCGCUUUGGCAGGGUAAAAAAGUCCAAAUGCCAUCAAAGAAGGAUAUGGCACUUGUCAUUUAGGAAUGUAAAGUGGAAGUGAAUAGCAGCAAAAGUGACUUUUGACAAAAGUAACAAGACUAGGGAACUACUGAAUACUAAUCUGUUCAUGACUAAUAGGAAAAAAGAAAUUCAAAAUGAAAAUGAAAAGUAAAGAAAAAAAAACAGAACAAAAACAUUGUCUAAAAUGUGGAGAAAACAAUCGAUUUGUUCCAAAUAUCAUCAUUUAUUGUUUUAACAUCUGAAUAAGAACUUCAAGAAUUUCCA